AUGGAUUAUUUUGAAAAUUAUUCAUAUUUUGAAAAUUUAACCUAUGAAAAUGAUGGUAAUUUUAAUGAUUAUAUUCUUCCAUUUCCUCUUACUUUUAUCUUAACUCAUGUUGAAAUUGGAAUAAUUCAUUUUUUAUUAUCUUCUUUUUUCAUGGUCCUUCAACUUUUAGUAUUUUUGAGUUUCUUUAAUAACAAAGAACUUUUUACAAAGACAUCCUUUAUAAUAAUAUUCAAUCAUGGAAUUUUAUCUUUUAUACAACAAAUUUGUCAUGUUAUAACUGCAAUAUUGACUAUAUUUUUUAUUAAAAAAAUAUCAAGACUACUUUCAAUAAUUGGAUCAUUAUUAACUGCUUCAUAUAUUGGAAGUAUAAUUUUUAUCUUUCUAUUAACACUUAAUCGUUUUGAUAUUCUUUAUGAUAUUCAAUUAAUAAAUUUUGAACGAAAAGAAAUUAUUUAUAUAAUUUUUAUUAUUAUAUGCUACUUAUGUACAAUAACAUUAUUUAUUGUUUAUAUUGUAUUUCCUGAAUUUAUGUUAGUAUUUAAUUAUAAUCUUUUUGAAUGGCAAUAUGAAAACCGUUUAGAAAGUAGAACAGUUUAUCAAUUUGAAAAAUAUUCAAUCUUAUCAUUACUAGGAGUAUCAUUAAUUUUACAAAUUUUAAUAUUUUUUAAAGUAAUUUUUCUUCGUUGUAGUACUAAUAGAAAAAUAGUAUUUGUUGCUGAUGAUUUAAAAAUUAUUCUUCAUGCAUUUUUAUGUUUUGUUACAGCAUUAAUUCUUGAAUUAAUUAGAGAUGGAAUAUUUUUUUAUAUAUAUUGGUCAGGAAAUCAAAUAAUUAUACCACAUAUUUUACGAAUUUUUUGUUCAGUUUCUAACAGUUUUUUUGUAUUAUGUUUUGUAAAAGAAAUUCGUAACUAUAUAUUUAUUUCAAAACAUGUAAAAACUGACUUUAGAAAUACUACUAUUGUGAAGUCUAUUAAGGUAUCUGGUAACAUAAAUAAUAUUAGAAAUAUUGCAUAA